GAAAUAAACGAAGCUGGAAACUGCAACUCGGUCCCUGUUGCGAAUCUCGGCCUUCUAUCUUUGCUCUGGUGGUGUGUUUGUUCCACUGCGGCCUUGUUUGGACAACAAGUUAGAGAAAGAUUUCUUUACCUCUUGGCUGUAAUGGAUCUUCAUGCCUCUACUUCAAUAUCUUCCCUGUGUGUCCAACACAAUUGUUGAAAUUUAUCGCACCACAGGCCACUCUUGUCGCUACGAACCUCACUUUAAUACCCACCACGCCUCCCCGCUGAGCAUUUCUAUUUUUGAAAUUUUUGGACCCAGAAUUUGUAUGAAAACAUUGUGAGCUUUCACCAUCAGUGUGAGCGUGAGAUUUGUAUUUUUCUUGUGGUUGACUUUGGUAACCAUCGAUGAAUACCGCGAGCCGGCGCGGACGAUGAGCUGCUGAUUUUAGGGUUCAAUUAUUUAGCACCAACCCCGCAAUGGCGUUCACCAAACAUCUAAGAAGAAAGAUAACGAAAAAAAAACGGAGCUGCAAAGGAAAUAAUCCUGAAAUCUAGUUGUAAUAGCAGUACGAUCCUCGACUCCUGUUACUGUAGUUAGACCAUAUGCUAAGAAAAUCCGCAACACACAACAAACUCGCAGUGCCGAUUGAGAACACAAACACUGUUGUAUUUACGCAAUAUUAUUAGAGCUACUUUUUUUUCGCAGCAAAAAUCGUGGUUGCGACGCCAGAGUUUAGAAAACCCGCUGGGUAAUAUUAAGUAGUCACACGCCCUUGUACAAAGACAGUACCUUACAACGACCUGGCGUUUGUUAUUUGUGACAUAAGUUUCCUACCCGAGAAGUCCAGCAAAUUGAAUCCACUAGAGAUUCUUGUUCCUCUUCUAGCGAAUUAUAGAUACAGAGCUACUGUUGAGAACAACUUUUUGAAUAAGCUUCAGCUUAAGUUUGACUUUUACACCCAAAACGAGAAAAAUGUCGGGAACCCCGGAAGUUUCCCCUCCGCCGGAGGACAAGCUGGUCCUGAACAAAGACAAACCCGAAGAAGAAAAACCAGCAACCUCCUCCUCUUCCACCGCAGGCAACGCAAACGACAACCCAACAGGAGACAACAAAACCGGCACUUCAACAGACGAGAACAAAGACGCAAAAGACGAGCCAGCAGAUGAUUCUGCUUCCCGUGCUGCCCCGUCAAUACCACCCGAAAACUUGCUGACCUUCACGAUAAAAGUCUCCGGGUCCACACCUGUCAGUAUAGAAGCGGACAAGACAAAAUGCGUGAAAACCCUGGAUAUGCAUUGCAAAAGUAUCGUACUCGUAUAAAUGCAUUACAAAUUUGAUCAGCAUGAGAAAUAUAAUUUGUAAUGCGGAUUCACCUUAACAAAAGAAUAUGUAAUGCAUGAUUGCAAUACGAUACUUUUGCACAGGAUACCGGACUUGAAGGACUUGAUAGCGAAGAAAACGGAACAGAAAUUCCCAAUAGAAGUCCAGAAGCUGGUGUUCAAAGGUAUAGUGUGAGUACUUACUUCUACUUGCUUACGUCGAGUAAUACUUUUUUUGUGAUGCGGAACUUGACAUGAGUGUGCAGUUUUGUCUUGCUGUAGAUAGGAUGAAGAGAAGAUCCUUUUCAUCCGAUUGUCAGGUAAAGUCCUCACCGACGACGACGUUCUGGCAGACAAAAAGGUCGCAAGCGGCGCGACGGUGUUCCUCGUGAAGGGGACGGUUGUGUCAGGGACUUCGGCGAGUGCGGCGAGCUAUCUAGUGCAAAUAUGUCUCCGGCGUCUGGAAGACUGCAAGGUUUGUCAUGCAGGUUUCGCAUGACCCAGAAGGUCUGGAAUGCGGGCCCCAGCAUCACAGGUUUUGAAAAGGCUCCUCGACGAUGCCUAUUCCGCAUGACAGCCGUUGUCUUCAUCGGGUGAGCAAAAGUGAACGCUUUAAUAUUUGCUGGUCAUGCAAUACAGACUUUUGUGUCGAUCAGACCUAGCAUGACAAACUCGGACAACAACUCUUCCAGACAACAUCCAGGGAUAUUUGCAGUGCAUACGAGCAGCAGUGCAGACGGCGCGAAGAAAGAGGAAACGAAGGAUGACAAAUCCGCCGAGCCGGUCAGGUGUAAGGGCGACUGCGGGUUUUGGGUAUUAUAGUCCUUCUAUAUGUAGUUCCAUCUUUUCGUCGUAGGUUUUUUUCGUCAUCAUGCGCGGAAUGUUGAUCUCCUGCUCUUCGAUUUGUCAUGCAACUGAUAGUAUGCUGCACUUUGAACUUGAUCUUCACUCAGUAUCAUCUACAUCUAUGGAAAUAAUAAACGAAAAAUAAUUUUAAUUAUUGAACAACAACAGGGCAACCCGAAAACGGAAAACUACUGCUCGAAGUGUUUUACCCAGAAACAGCAGAAGGACCAGGAAGAGAUACUAAAGAAGCAGAAAGAAGCGGAGGAGAAGGAACAAAAGGGCGAAAAAGACGUCGAGAUGAAACAAGGCGACGACGAAGAAGAGAAGAAGGAGCGACCUGUUCAGACCGACAAAACGAGGUGUUGGGUGUGCAACAAGAAGUGCAAGUUGGCGGGUAAUUAUAGCGUAUGGUUGAUGUAGUUCUGCAUGACAAACUACCUUUCUGUGGAUGUUUCGCAUGACAAACAGCAUGAUGAAGAAGAUGAAUGUAAACAAAUCUAUAUAAUCUUCUACUCCAGGUGCCAUCGAGUGCCGGUGCGGCUACGUGUUUUGCAGCGCCCACCGGCUACCGGAAGAGCACAACUGCGACUUUGACUACAAUAUGCAUUGCAAAAGUAUCGUACUCGUAUAAAUGCAUUACAAAUUCCCUCAGCAUGAGAAAUGAAAUUCGUCAUGCGGAUUUACCUUAGGAAAAAAAUUUGUAAUGCGUGACUGCAUUUACUACGAGUACGAUAGUUUUGCACAGGAUACACAAGGCAACCGGGCGGGAAUUGCUGCGGAAGCAGAACAACAAGGUGGAAGCGGACAAGCUCGGGGAUCGGGCGUAG